AUGGCAAGAAGAUUGGAUAUCCGGAACAAACGGCAGAAGCCCAUUGAAAAGCAGAUCACCGAUUGGCGACUCGGUUCUUGGAACUGCAGGUCCCUAAACUUUCUGGGUUUCGAACUCGCUUUGGCGAAUGAGUUGCAACCUCGCAACUUCGAUGUUGUUGCACUGCAGGAGGUGUCCUUGGAGGAGAAGCAGGUGCUGGACUGGCCAGGUCAGCAGACCAAUUCCAGAUUCUUUCUGAGCGGCGGCACGGACAAGAAGCUGGGUACCGGCUUUAUCGUGAGGGGCAAGAUGCAGGAUCGCGUGUUCGGCUUCACGGCGAUCAGCGAACGGAUGUGCAAGUUAAGAAUACGAGGCCGGUUCUUUAACUAUAGCAUUAUCAACGUGCACUGCCCCCACGAAGAAAGACUCGAUGACGAAAAGGAAACAUUUUACGCGAAGCUGGAGGAGGAGUACGACAGCUGUCCGCGUCAAGAUGUGAAAAUCGUCAUUGGGGACAUGAACGCUCGGUUCGGCAGAGAGGAAAUGUUUCGACCAACUAUAGGCCCGGAAAGCCUACACAUGGUCACGAACGACAACGGCCAACGCUGCAUCGACUUCGCAGCCUCUCGUGGAAUGGUGCUGUCGACGGUGUUCAACCAACGCCGAAGCCGGCGGGCCCCUCCGUUCAACACCGCGUGUCUGCAGAACGGAGAUGUGGCCCACGGUUACGCGCAGCAGCUGGAAGCGAAUCUGCCAGGUGAGGAGGAACUUGGCGCAGCCUCGCUCGAAGAUGGUUGGAGUCGCAUACGCUCAGCCAUCGGCAGUGCAGCGGAAGCCACACUGGGUAGUGCGAUCCGAGUCAGUCGAAACGAUUGGUACGACGACGAGUGCCAGCGGAUUACCGCCGAGAAGAAGGCAGCCUACGACAGGAAGCUGCACAAGGCGACGAGAGGGAACGUGGAACGGUACCGGCAGGCUCGGAAUCGGCAGGUCGCGGUCUUCAAGCUUAAGAAGCGCCAGCAAGAAGACCGAGAUUGUGCGGAAAUGGAGCAGCUAUUCCGAGCUAAUGAAACGCGGAAGUUUUACGAGAAGGUGAACCGGUCCCGCAAAGGCUUCGUGCCGCGAGCCGACGUGUGCAGGGACAACGAGGGGAACCUGAUCGUAAGCAAGAGCGAGGUGUUGGAAAGGUGGAAGCAGUACUUCAACGAGCACCUCAACGGCGAUGAAGCGGACGGAGACGGCGUUGGAGUCAACCUUGGAGCGCCCGCAGCUGAUGAACAGUUCCCAGUGCCUGAUCUAGAGACGGUGAAGAGGGAGAUCAGGAAACUAAAGAACAACAGAGCUGCCGGCAAGGAUCGGUUACCCGAAGCGGAACGGUCCUAUCCCAGGGUCCUCGAGCUGCUGCCACAGGUUCUUACUCCGGUGGCGAAGCCACCAGCCGAACAUCUCCUCGAGAGUUCUUUGCCGUACCUGGGAGGGGGGUUCUUCUGCUCCUGA